AUGGAAAUACCGGAGGAAAUCAACACUAUGGUUAUCCAACAGGUAUGGUUAUAUUAUUUUCUUGUAGUAGAACAUUUCUUGAUCCUACCUUUGCAGUCUAAAUUUAUGCAGAAUACUUACAUGAAUGGAGCUUUGUGGAAGAAGUUCGAUGAGCAGUACCAACAGGUAUAUAUUCUCAAGUGCAACUAUGGGCAACAGGUAUAA